CUGGCCCAAACGACCCAAAAAAAAAAAAUCUCCAGUUUGGGACUCUCUUUUUUCUUCUCUCUCCUCUUUCUCUACAAUGGAGGCAAAAGCACACGAUGGGUAUUCUGUAACCAGACCGCUCCUGCAUGGGGAUUAUGAGAGGCAACAAAAGAUUUACGAGGAGGAAGUUGAGGGAGUGACAAACUCCAUUGCUGGCACUACCUCCUUUUUCAAGACCUGUUUUAAUGGACUCAAUGCUUUAUCAGGAGUUGGAAUAUUGUCGAUACCAUAUGCAUUAUCAUCAGGAGGCUGGUUGAGCUUGAUACUUCUUCUCAUUAUUGCCAGCUCAACCUUCUAUACAGGCUUGUUAAUUCAAAGAUGUAUGGAUGUUGAUCCAAGUAUCAGAAGCUAUCCUGAUAUCGGUGAGCGUGCAUUUGGUACAACCGGAAGAAUGCUUGUAUCCAUUAUCACAAAUUUGGAACUCUACUUGGUUGCGACAAGUUUCCUAAUUGUGGAAGGGGAUAAUUUGUGCACCAUAUUACCAGACAUGGGAAUCAACUUUGCUGGGCUAAGAAUUGGUGGAAGACAAUGCUUUGUUAUAAUUGUUGGUCUCAUUAUACUGCCUACUGUUUGGUUAAACAACUUGACCAUUCUCUCAUAUAUCUCUGCCAGUGGAGUUUUAGCUUCUGUCAUUAUCCUUGGCUCAGUUAUGUGGGCUGGCACAUUUGACGGUAUUGGAUUUCAAGAAAGUGGAACGCUUGUAAAUUGGAAAGGAGUACCUACUGCUGUUAGCUUAUACACGUUCUGCUAUUGUGCUCAUCCAGUUUUCCCCACCCUGUAUACUUCUAUGAGAAACCAAAGACGGUUUGCUGAGGUCUUACUCGUAUGCUUUCUCUUCUGUACCAUUAGCUACACGUCAAUGGCGGUCUUUGGGUACUUGAUGUUUGGUUCAAAAGUAGAGUCACAAGUAACAUUAAACCUUCCUACACAAAACAUUAGCUCAAGAGUGGCAAUAUACACAACCCUGGUCAAUCCCAUAUCAAAAUAUGCCUUGAUGGUUACACCAAUUGUCAAUGCAACUGAAAAUUGGUUAAGAUCUUACUACAACAAAAGAUCCUUGAGCUUUGUGAUCAGCACCACUUUGGUGAUCAGCACUGUCAUUGUAGCCCUGGCUCUCCCUUUUUUUGGGUAUCUCAUGUCGCUUGUUGGAUCACUUCUGAGUGUCACAGCUUCAAUUUUAUUUCCGUGCUUGUUCUAUCUGAAGAUUUCUGGAACGUAUAAGAAACUUUCAUUUGACCUAGUGAUUAUAUGGGGAAUUGUAGUAAUGGGCUUUUUGAUUGGAACCAUUGGUACUUGCACUUCUUUAAUACAAAUAAUAGGGCAUUUGUAGGCAUUAAAGUUUUCUUUGAUGAUCACUCAGUUUCAGUUGUUUAGUCUGUAGCAAUGUUAGCAAGUAGGAGGCACAUUUUGUGUUCCACAAUGUAGUUUUUGUAGUUAUUGUUCUUGUCGUUCCGAUCUGCAUAAUUUGAAAGAUCAGAAUUGGAAAUCGAAGAUGUUUGCCAAGAACUGCUGGAAAAUGGAACAACUGUUUAGGAGAUCAGGAGUUAAUGGUUCAUUUCCUACCAGAGGAGGACAUUGCUGCACUUACAAGAGCUUAGUUACAAGUGCCGUCCAUGACAGCAUUCCUAGUUUGCUAUUUCAGUUUGCAAAGAGCAAUGGACACACCAAAUUUGGUAAAGAGAUUGAACAAGAGAUCAAUCAGUCAAGUGUCACCAAUCCAAGUUUUGUUUCGAUUUACUUUUCCAAAUUUGAAAUUUAGUUUCUAGGAAUUGAUAUCCUUUUAGGCUUUACUCAUCUUUAGUUUCAUCUGGUAUUUUUAAGAUUGUGUGUGAGAAUAAUAGUUCAGGCAGUGUAAUCCACGAU